UUGAAUUGCAGUAUUCCUUCUAAAUUCAAUGUAAAUUAAUAACAUACACUAAUGGCAGGAAUAAUCGACAUCCCAGAUUAUAGCCUUAGGAUCCAAAUGAAUAUUGGCAAAUAUAUGUAUGAACUAUAUAUGUAUGUAUGUGUACACCCUAUAUUGUUGGCUAUUUCUUCCAGAUUAGUGUCAUCUAAAAAUUUGAUGAAUUCCCCUUCUGUUCCCUCAUCUAAAUUGUUUAUGAAGAUAUUGAAAAGUACUGGGCCUAAGAGUAUCUUCUUGUACCCCACUGUCUAUUUUCUUCCAUGUAGAUGUAGUACCAUUAAGGACUUACUGGUUAAGUGCAAUUUGUCAAUCAGUUUACAAAUACAUCUAUUAAUGCUAUCUAUCUCAUUCUUGUAGCUUAUCAAAAGUAGGUUGUAGUCUACUUUGAUGAAUGCCUUACUAAAAUCUAAAUAUAGUACGUCCGCAGCGUUUUCGCUGGUCCGUUAAUUUAGUCAUUGUAAAAAAAAAUGAACAUGUAUAUUCAUUAUGUAUAGCGGAGGCUGUAAAGAUAUAUUGGGCCAGCCAGACUCGGUAAAACUCAGCGAAGUCGCGCUAGAUCCCGCAGGUGUAGCUUUUCCCCGCUAAUUCCGCCUCGGGAUAAAGACUGUCCCGUUUCAGAAGCUCCCUCUCCGUAUUCGUCCAGCUUCUUAAAGUGGACGGCAACCCUUACUCUUAAAAACGGACGGGAUCAGAUAAAAUCGUCCUUUCCUUUCCAACGGAACAGGAGGAGGACGCGGGUUCCGACACCCUUCCACAGAAUCGGCUCCGCUCUGUUGCAGCGGCUGGGAACGCUCGUUUCUAAGGGGCGUCCCAAGCAGCAAGCCGACGUCGAAGAACGUUAAAGCGUCGGGCGGGGGAAGAGGAGGAGGAGGAAGAUAAGUGUUAAUCACGUGGUCGUCAGCCUUAAAAGACGGCGAAGACGGCGUUUUCCCGCGUGGGAUUCUAGAACUCCAGAGGUUCGGUCCCGCGCUCUGCGCGCUUUCUUUUCAGCUUCGUGUAGUUUCUCUCGAAGGCGGAGUUUCCGUUGGAGCUCGUUGGGUGGGUUGAGGGUUUAGUGGCCGCCUUCGUCUCCUAAGGGUGGCACAUUUCCCCCAAUGCACCCUCUCCCCGCCCAUUCUUCUCCCAAUUGCUUGGCUGGCGCACCGAGGGCCGCCUUGUUGACGCCGGAAUGCCCGACUGAUAAAUAACGCUCUUUGUUGUUUCGACUUGGUUUUAGGUGAGAAAGGAUGGCAAAUGACUGGGCUCAGGUUACUAGGGUGCCUAGUUUUGCUCAAAUGUUGAAGAAGAACUUGCCUGCUCAGCCAACCCAACCUUCCGUCCCGUCUUCGUCUCACAGUAGUUUGUUUCGGCAAACGGAGAAUGCUAAACCGAUGUUUUUAAUCCCAGAAACAUCCAGUGUAUCAAACUUGGCGUCUAAGGUGACCCCUAUUACAGGUCAUGACUAUCAAUAUACUAAAACUGUGCCUAUAAUUCCAAUUACUGCACUUCCCCCCAAAAAAAUUCCAAAGGAAUUUAUUGCAAAAUACAAGCGAGGAGAGAUCAAUCCAGUCUCAGCUUUGCAUCAGUUUGCACAAAUGCAGCGUGUACAGCUUGAAUUAAAGGAAACUGUGGCAACAGGAAAUCUCUUGGGAACUUACUUUGCUUUUUGUGCUGUAGUUGAUGGCAUUCAGUAUAAGACUGGAUUGGGCCAAAAUAAAAAGGAAUCAAAAUCAAAUGCAGCAAAACUUGCUCUUGAUGAAAUUCUGCAAUUGGAAGAGGGAGAACCAAAAGCUUUGGAAAAUCCAGGUCCUGUCAGAAAUUUUGCUGAAACUAUACAUGCAACCAAACCUCAAAUAACAGAAUCUGCCUAUUUUACAAAGAUUCAUUAUGAGGGGCAGCAUCUCGCACAUAGAAAAAUUUCUCAAGUUGUCAGAGAAACAUUCGAUAAUUUGGUGGAUAAGUAUCCAGAGUACCAGAGUUGUAGCAGUUCAGUAGCUGCCUUCAUAAUUGAAAGAGCUACAAAACCUGAAGUGGUAGCUGUUGGAACAGGUGAAUUUAACUAUAGCCAAUGCAGUCAUCCUGAUGGAAGAGUGUUGCAUGAUAGUCACGCAGUUGUUACUGCAAGGCGUUCUCUACUUAGGUAUUUUUAUAGACAGCUUUUACUUUACUACAGUAAAAAUCCUGCUAUGAUGGACAAAUCCAUAUUUUGUGCUGAACCAACAUCUAACCUGCUUACAUUAAAACCAAAUGUAAAAGUGUUUCUCUACAUGAAUCAGUUGCCAAAAGGAUCUGCUCAGAUAAAGUCCAAAUUACACCUCAAUCCAAACUCAGUAUCUGCAUUUGAAGCUGAUGAAGAACUGUGUCUUCAUGUGGUUGUUGAAGGCAAGGUUUAUCUCACAGCUUUUUGUCCUGCUGAAAUUGCCACAAUAAGCAGCAUGUCUACCAGUGAUAAACUGACAAGGUGGGAAGUAUUAGGUGUUCAAGGAGCCCUACUGAGUCACUUCAUUCAGCCAAUUUAUGUUAGCACAAUAAUUCUUGGUGACGCAAACUGCUGUAGUACAAGAGGAUUAGAAAUAGCCAUCAAACAACGCAUAGAUGAUGCACUUAGUAAAAAACUUCCGGUGUUCUAUCUUGUGAAUAGACCUCAUAUUAAUUUGGCAACUGCUGCAUACCCUGUGCAGAUUGACCUGGACCAGAGGUCUCUUAGUGUAAAUUGGUCACAAGGGGACUUAUCGCUGGAGGUGAUAGAUGGAUUAAAUGGAAAAAUCAUUGAAAGUUCACCCUUCAAAAGUGGUAUUUCAAUGGCAAGUCGUCUUUGCAAAGCUGCAAUGCUAAGUCGCUUUAAGUUAGUGGUUAAAGAAUCAAAGAGAGAAGAUUUACAUAAAGCAACAACUUACCAUGAAGCAAAGAUUAUGGCAGAAUCUUACCAAGGGACAAAAUACUUGCUGAAGUCCUACUUGGAGCAACAUGGUUAUGGGUCUUGGAUUGUGAAGUCUCCACAUAUUGAAAAUUUCAGCAUGUAAAAGGUUAAAAUACCAGCUCUAUGACUUAAAAAAUGAGUUUUUGCUCUUGAGAAGAAUUUUUUAAUUGGUUAAUGAUUGUGGAUCAGUGUUGACCAGUAAUAUGAGCUGAUAGAUAAAAAAGUGCAUAAACAUAAGCAAAAUAAAUAUACUAUUUAGUUAAUAUAUGAAGGCCUUUUUAUUUCUUUGUCUGUGUAAAAAUAAUAAGUUGAAUUACUUUGUGCUGUGUAUUUGCUGCAAACUGCUAUCUCAAGGACUUUGAAUUUGAGGAGUACCUUUGGGAAAAUAUUGUGCGGUUGACAAUAGUUUUGAUCUGUACCAUGUUCUACAAUUGCAGAACCAGCUAUCUGUCAUUGGCUUGCUUUCUGAAAAGUUAUGUGCAAUUCUGGCAUAAAAAGCCACAGUUCACCUUGUUAAUCAUAUUGAAACUUUGUGGGUUUAAAUCCCUUUUCAGUUGUGGGACUUAAAUUUAUCUGCAGGAAACUACACAAAUUAUGCUUGCAUUACAAGAGUAAACGCCUACAAAUACAUUUUGAACAAAGUGUGUGGUCUUGCUGUAUAUUAUGGAAUUAAUUCUGUAACUUGCAGAACUUUCAAACAAUAUUUGGCUUACUAAUAGAAACAACUUAGAAAAUGUAUUGGGUAUCUCAAAAUAUUUAAUUUGUAAUUUGACUCCUUUUGUUAUUCUUAAGACUUAAUGUGGAUACUGCUUUGUAUAAUAAUACUACACUUCUAGUAAAAUAAGCAUGAUUCUACUAAUUUUUAUAGUUCAUUAAUAUACUGAAACACUUAUUUGAAACUGCAAGCCCAUAAAGUAUUUUUUGCUCGAAAAUGACAACAAGCCAGAAAAUGCAAAGCUAGAAGCAAAAGAGAAUGUUCCUUAGAAGUUAAACUAUGUUGAGGGUGGGGCAACCCUUAGAGUUAAAUAUUCUCAUUGAAGUAAAAGUAUUAUAGAACGGCCCUAUGGAACAGUUUAAAACUAUUUGAAGGAGUAAAUAUAACCUUAGAAGAUUAUAAUAUAUCCUGUACUGGAUAAUUCACUUUAUGGAUUCGUCUUUAGUUCAAGAAGAAAUCUUCAUGAUGGUUACUGAAAAUGAUUGUUUAUGCAAUUGUAUAUAAAUGCAAAGUAUUUAUGCGCCUUGUAGAGACCAUACCCCUCAUAAUUUAUUUCCUUUUAUUUAUGAAGCAACCAAACACUGAAAGUCAAAACUUUUUUUUAAUUUUUGGGUGAUUAGAAUUACUAUGUUUAAAUUUAGCAUAAGAAUUUGUG